CGCUUUUCCUAAUUUGAUCCGAUUUUAGACCAAUAAACAGAACUCGAAAAAAAUGCUACUCACUCUAGUACUCUUCUUUCUUUAGUUCUUAGCACUCUACUAGGGUUUAAGAACUAUUCACUUUUCACAAACUCUCUACUUCCCUUGUUCCCCAUUUCCAAUUCUCUUCCCUUCCACCACAACAACCACCGCCAUGCCUCUCUACCGCCUCCUCCUCCGCUCCCUCCGCCGCACUUCUCUCUCCUCCGCCGCCGCCACCACCAUCACACCACCCUCCUCUUUCCCCCACCUCCACCCUCACCCUUCAUUCUCUCUCCUCCACACUCGCAGCCUCGCCUUCUCCUCCGCCGAAGAAGCCGCUGCCGAACGCCGCCGCCGCAAACGCCGCCUCCGCAUCGAACCCCCUCUCCACGCCCUCCGCCGCGACCCCAACUCCCCUCGCCCUCCCCCUGAACCCAACGCCCGCCCUCUCCCCGACACCACCUCUGCUCUCACCGGGCCCCGCCUCAACCUCCAUAACCGUGUUCAAUCCCUCAUUCGUGCUGGUGACCUCGAUAACGCCGCUCUUCUUGCUCGACAAGCAGUGUUCUCUCGCACUCGUCCUACUGUAUUCACUUGUAACGCCAUUAUUGCUGCUAUGUAUAGAGCUCAGAGGUACGAUGAAGCUGUCUCUCUCUUCCAAUUCUUCUUUAAGCAGUCUAAUAUUGUACCCAACAUUGUUUCUUACAAUUUUUUGAUUGUUAGUCAUUGUGAGUGUAAAAGGGUUGAUGUGGGUCUUGAGAUUUAUAAGUCAAUUUUAGCUGAGGCACCGUUUAGUCCUUCUUCUGUUACUUUUAGGCAUUUGACUAAGGGGUUAAUUGAUGUUGGGAGGAUUGGGGAAGCUGUUGAUCUUCUUAGGGAGAUGCUUAAUAAGGGGCUCGGGGCCGAUUCGCUUGUUUAUAAUAAUUUGAUUAAAGGGUUUUUGGAUUUGGAUGAUUUUGAUAAGGCCAAUGAGUUUUUCGAUGAGCUUAAGGAGAGGUGUCUUGUGUAUGAUGGUGUUGUGAAUGCUACGUUUAUGGAGUGGUUCUUUAAUAAGGGAAGAGAGAAGGAGGCUAUGGAAUCGUAUCGGUCAUUGCUUGAUCUUCAGUUUAAGAUGACCCCUGCCACUUGUAAUGUGCUUCUUGAGGUGUUGCUUAAGUAUGCGAAGAAGAAAGAGGCGUGGGAGUUGUUUGAAUCGAUGUUAGAUAGACAUACUCCACCGAAUUUUCAGGCAGUGAAUUCGGAUAGUUUUAAUAUAGUGGUGAAUGAGUGUUUUAAGGAGGGGAAGUUUGAAGAGGCUGUUAGCACUUUUAAGAAGGUAGGCACCAAGAUGGGGUCAAGGCAGUUUGCUAUGGAUGUAGCUGGUUAUAACAAUAUUAUUGUUAGGUUUGCUGAACAUGGGAUGAUUCAGAAGGCGGAGGAGUUCUUUACGGAGCUAAAGUCGAAAUCUUUGAGCCCGGAUGUUACUGGUUAUAGAACCCUGAUUGAUACUUAUCUUAAGGAUCAAAGGAUUGAUGAUGCCAUGCGAAUGUUUGAGAUGAUGGUUGAAGCUAAUUUAAGAGUGAUUACAGCCUAUGCCAAUAGGUGGUUUACUGAAUUGAUUCAGAAUAAUAAAGCACUAGAAUGUUCACAAGUCUUGACAAAAAUGGGGGAAAGGGAUCCAAAACCUGAUUCAUCCACGUAUGAAAUUGUCAUCAAAGGGCUGUGUGGUGGUGGUGUAUUUGAUGUGUGUUUGAAUAUGGUUGGUCAGAUCAUGAAGUAUGGUGUUGGUGUCACUCCUUCACUUCGCGAGUUUCUGUUACAAGUGUUUGAAAAGGAGGGACGGAGAGAUGAGAUUGAAAGGAUCCUGGAUGAGAGGAGGCAGGGAAAUUUUCAGCAAUCUUACUCUCAGCCUUCAGGUUUUGCUAGACCUGCAGGACCAGGACAACAUCAACAACCUGUUGGUCCUCCUAGGUUUAGGCCACCAACUGGAUUUUCUGGGUCUGCUGGACCUACAAGGUAUUCGGGACAUCCUGAACCAACCGGACCUCUGUAUCAAAGAGGAUAUCCUGAACAUACCGGACCUCAGCAGCAAAGAGGAUAUCCUGAACCUACUGGACCUCCACAGCAAAGAGGACACUCUGAGCAAAGCUACCCUUUUAUUGGUAGUAGAUGAUUGUUGGUUGAGUUUGUCAAGUACUCAAGGAUAGAGUAACAACAGUAAUUUGGAUAGCUUUGAAUCCAAUGUCUAAUCUUGGCCUUCAAUUAUUGAGAAUUGUUUUGAUGAUAAAUGUCCAUGAAUAUUUUUUUUUUUUUGCGGGAAACUGCCAAGAAGAUAUUUUACAGUUGAAUGGUACAAUCGAUACAAGGAUAUGUUACAGGUGCUA